AUGGGAGAAAGCGGUGCAGAUAUUUGUAUCGAAGUCCUUUUAGUGAUGUUUAUCCCGCCGUUAGCCAUAUGGUACCAUGCAGGGGAGUGCAACGGUGACGUGUGCUGCAAUCUUUAUCUACUUCUUUUCGGCCCCAUUCCGCCAUGGAUACACGCAAUUAUUUAUUGCUUCUGCAGUGACGACGACAAAGUAGUAGUGGUGCAAGAGCGACCAGUCGGACCACAACAUCCUCCAAAUCCACCACCUCCACCGCCAAAGCCACCGAUACCUCCGAAGCCUCCGAUACCACCGAAACCUCCGAUUCCACCGAAUCCACCGCGGUAUCCACCCAUACCGCCGAAUCCGCCGCCGAGACCGCCGAAUCCGCCGCCGAGACCGCCGAACCCCCCACCGAAACCACCCACUCCACCGAAGCCGCCACCUCCACCGAAACCACCAGCUCCACCGAAGCCUCCACCUCCACCGAAACCGCCAGCUCCACCGAAGCCGCCACCUCCACCGAAG